GCCCUGAAGAUCCAUUGAUUCGAAUGCAACAAUAUCCUUAUCCCUUUACACCAAUGGACCCUCAGGUGUGCCCCCUCCGUCAGAACAGCAGCCAGUCUCUGAUUAGCCUCGACAGGUCCCCCGCCAGCACUUUUAAACCUGGCCACUCACGGAGCAGCAGCACUGGCUCCUCCAAACAUUCAAAGCAGUCUCGUAACUGGGAGGUGAUGGAGGAUUUGCAGCACCUGGAUCUGUGUUCAGUUCCCAGCUCCUCUCAGGACCUUGGUAUCCCUGGGAUCUGUGAGGGCUACUUGAUGAAGAGGAGGAAGUACCCGCUCAAAGGCUGGCACAAGAGAUACUUCCUUUUAGAGAGAGGAAUUCUCAAGUACUCAAAAACACAGCAAGAUAUUCAAAGAGGGAAGCUCCAUGGCUCUCUGGACAUCAGUCUGGCUGUCAUGUCCAUUAACAAGAAGUCCAAACGUAUAGACCUGGAUGCUGGAGACAACCUUUACCACGUCAAGGCGAAGACCCAUGAUAUCUUCUAUAUCUGGUUGACCAAGCUGUGCGCCCAUCGUGUAUUUAGGAAAAACGAGGCGAUGAGUGUCCAUCAUGGUGUUCUUCAUGCGCUCUCCAUGGGCCAGAGUACUCUCCCAGCCAUGGCCUCCCUUGCCCAGAAUAGCAGAGCAACACCUCCUACCUAUGCAAGCUCGGCCUCAGUGUACCAAACAGAGAAGGGAAGCCCCGCCCCUGCCAUCGCCUCCCACCCAGCGGUGACCAGGAAGGUGUCAGCCUGGCUGGAGCAGACCCACGACAUUGAUGCAACCUCUAACGACCUCGCUCGCUGUCAGACAGAGCUGACCGAACUGGCUCAGCUAAUCCAGCGACUCCAUUGGCUGGAAGGAGGCCUGCCAAUCAGUAACUCAGACCUGGAGAUGCGAAUCAGCAUGCAGAAUAUUUCCCUGGAAAAACCCAAGAAGAAGACAGGGAAGGGGAUAGGUCACUCCAGGACUUUGUCCCGUGUUGAAGCCAUGGGGGGAACGUUCACUUCCAGCCACCUGAGCACCAAUCCCAGCUGUGCUUUGGCAGCAUCUGUUCAGUCUAUCCCGAACUACGUCUACUCUCAGCUGUCCAACCCUCAGGUCACUUCACCCGAGGCCAAGAAACUACAACAGGACAUCUGCACUGUCUCCCAGAGGGUUCAUUUAUCUCUCAGGAACAUACAUGAGGUUUUAUCCUUGGAGAGAGAGAGACUGAGGCAGGCUUGGGCCAGCCCUGACCUGAGACAGAACACCUCCCACCAGCUUGCGACACUGUGCAGCACGCUGUCAGAGCUUGACAUACAGUCACGUCUGACCAAAGUCCACUCGCUUUCCCUGUCCUCUGAAUCUACUGAAGAAUCCUUCUGCACUGUCCGUCCAGACCAGAGAACACCAUCAAUGGGUCGUCACAGUCAACGUACACCCUCAGUGGCUGAUUCUAUGGCAGAGUAUUUUGACGCCAGCGAAGUGAUCAUGUGCGAGAGCUCAUCAGAGGCUGAAGCUUCAGAUGAGUCUGGCCUGAGUGACAUCACCACCACCAGCAACUCUGAGCCAGAAGAGGGACAUACCACUGCCACCCUCAACUACAGAGCCAGUCUGAACAACGCUCCUAACGAACCCAGCCCAUCAGCCACCAAUACUGGUCGUCGCACCACUCUCCCUGCCCAAGGAACAGACAACAGCCACAUUGGAAUCAUGACCAUUCUGUACAACAACAUCGGCAAGGACCUGUCCAGAGUCUCCAUGCCGGUCGCUCUAAAUGAGCCACUGUCUCUGCUGCAGAGAGUCAGUGAAGAGCUGGAGUACCCAGAGCUGCUAGAAAUGGCCAACCACAUUGACGAUCCUUAUGAGCGAAUGGUUUAUGUGGCAACAUUCUCCAUCUCUGGCUACGCCUGGGCGACAUGGAGGAAUCAUUACAAACCCUUCAAUCCUGUUCUAGGAGAAACGUAUGAGAGUCACAGAGAAGACAGAGGCUUCCAUUACAUCAGCGAGCAGGUCUCCCAUCACCCACCCAUCUCUGCCUGCCACGCUGAGUCAGAAAACUUCACUUUCUGGCAAGAUCAGAGAUGGAAGAACAAGUUUUGGGGGAAAUCAAUGGAGGUCAUCUCUAGCGGACUGGUCAAUGUUGCCCUGCCCAGGUAUGGGGAUCACUAUGAAUGGAACAAGGUCGUGACAUGUAUCCACAAUGUGCUGAGUCAGCAGCGCUGGUUGGAACACUAUGGUGAGGUGGUCAUCAAAAACACAAAGAGUGACGUAUGCACCUGCAAGAUCACCUUCGUCAAGUCUCGAUACUGGACCUCAGAUAACAGUAAGAACGAGGUGCAGGGUGUGGUUCUCGACCGGGCUGGAGAGGUGGUCCAUCGCUUUGGAGGCCUCUGGCAUGAAGGCAUCUUCUGCGACACCCUUGCUACUCCAAAGUGCAUCUGGAAGCCCAAUGUGCAGCCUGAUGAUCACGCCCAGUUUUAUGGCUUCUCACAAUACGCCAGAGAGCUAAACGAACUGACACCUGACCUGAAGGCCGUUCUUCCAAAAACUGACACACGCUUCAGACCAGACCAGAGGCUUCUGGAGAAUGGGGAGGUGGCAGAGGCAGAUAAAAAGAAAGAUGAGGUGGAGGAGAAGCAGAGGGAGAGGAGGAAGGAAAUGGCCAAGAGAGGGGAGGAGCACAUUCCCAGGUUUUUCAGGUGA